AUGGGAGACAUUCCAAAGAAGUACAAGGCUGUUGUCUACGAUGAACCUGGCAAGGUCAGCACAAAGGUCACUGAGUUGGACACCCCAGAGCCAGGUCCCGGCGAGGUUCUUGUAGCUCUCACACAUUCUGGAGUAUGCCACUCUGAUCUUGGCGUAAUGACGAACAGCUGGGCAGCUCUUCCAGCUCCAACACAAGCUGGUCAAGUUGGAGGGCAUGAAGGUAUUGGAAAGAUCGUGAAGAUGGGUGCAGGAACCGAGACCGCUGCUGUCAAAGUGGGAGACAGGGUUGGUAUCAAAUGGGUCUCUGCCAUCUGCGGAUCUUGCCCUGCCUGCUUGAGUGGAGAGGACGGAGUUUGCUUCAAUGGAAAGAUUUCGGGAUACUACACCCCAGGUACUUUCCAGCAGUAUACCCUGGCGCCAGCCAACUACGUUACGCCCAUUCCGGAUGCUUUAGCGAGCGAUAUGGCAGCGCCCAUGCUUUGCGCGGGUGUUACGGUGUAUUCUGCUCUGAGGAAGUCCACUGCUAAGGCGGGUGAUUGGAUCGUGUUGCUUGGAGCUGGUGGAGGUCUGGGCCAUCUUGCAGUCCAGAUUGCCGCCAAAGGUCUUGGACUCCGCGUUAUUGGAAUCGAUCACGGCAGCAAGAGAGAUCUUGUCAUGGAGUGCGGCGCAGAAGUUUUUAUUGAUCACACGCAAGGCAAGGCCGAGGAGGAAGUCAAAGCCGCCACAGGAGGACUAGGUGGACAGGCCGUCAUUGUCCUCACAGCGGCGAACGGUGCCUAUGCUUCAUCAAUGGGUCUGUUGAGAUUCGGCGGUACUCUUGUCUGCGUCGGUAUUCCCGAGGGAGAACUCACUGCUAUCGCUACCGCCUACCCUCAGAUCUUGAUCGCCAAGGCCCAGAAGAUUGUCGGUGUGGCGGUUGGUACGCGAAAAGAUGCCAUUGAGACACUGGACUUUGCUGCACGAGGAAUUGUCAAGACGCAUUUCAAGUCGUGUAAGAUGGAUGAGCUUACGGGAGUAUUUGAGAAGAUGGAGAAGGGUGAGCUUGCCGGCAGAAUGGUGCUCGACUUGACUGCUUAA